AACCAGGCCCCCGGGGGGCCGCCGGGCCCCACGCUCUCCACCACCCGCCCCAUCCAGCAGGACGUGGGGCGCCGGGACCCCCCCCGUUGCCGAGGACAUCGACAACAUGAAGAACAACAAGCUGGUCACCGCCGAGCCCCCCCCCGCCGCGCCCCCCCCCCAUGGGCAACCACACCGCCUGCCCCCCCGGCGGCCCCCCCCGCCGCGCCCCCGCCACCCCCAACCUCCCCCCGCCCCCCGAAAACAGCCUGGUGGUCACCAACCCCGGCCCCCACAACAACCCCCCCGCCAAGGGGGGGGGCAAACCCGAGCACACGGCCGUGGACAUCCCGCCCCCCCUCCCGCCGCCCCCCACCAACGCCCUGGUCCAAGUGAACAGAAACGCCAACCCCGAGCCGCUGCCCCGCAAGGAGGAGGAGGAGGAGAAGAAGGAGGAAGGCGACGGGCAGGAGGAGAACGGCCCCAAGCCAUGGUGCCCUACAGCUCCAUGUUCAUCCUCUCCACCACCAACCGUGAGCGCCGGGAGGGGGGGCGGGGGGGGGGGAAGGGGGUCUGGGAGGGAGGGGGAAGGUCUGGGGGGGGGGGUCUCCCGGGGGUGCCACCGUGUGUGUGUGUGUGUGUGUUUCCCCCCCCCAGGUUCCGCCGGUUGUGCCACUACAUCGUCAACCUGCGCUACUUCGAGAUGUGCAUCCUCAUGGUCAUCGCCAUGAGCAGCAUCGCCCUGGCCGCCGAGGACCCCGUGCAGCCCAACGCCCCCCGCAACAACGUCUUGCGCUACUUCGACUACGUCUUCACGGGCGUCUUCACCUUCGAGAUGGUGAUCAAGAUGGUGGAUUUGGGGCUGGUGCUUCACCAAGGUGCCUAUUUUCGGGACCUGUGGAACAUCCUGGACUUCAUCGUGGUCAGCGGGGCGCUGGUGGCCUUCGCCUUCACCGGCAGCAGCAAGGGGAAGGACAUCAACACCAUCAAGUCCCUCCGCGUCCUCCGCGUCCUCCGGCCCCUGAAGACCAUCAAGCGGCUGCCCAAGCUCAAGGCCGUCUUCGACUGUGUGGUGAACUCCCUGAAGAACGUCCUCAACAUCCUCAUCGUCUACAUGCUCUUCAUGUUCAUCUUCGCCGUGGUGGCCGUCCAGCUCUUCAAGGGCAAGUUCUUCUACUGCACCGACGAGUCCAAGGAGUUCGAGAAGGACUGCAGGGGGGAAUACCUGGUCUACGAGAAGGACAACGAGGUGAAGGCGCAGAAGCGGGAGUGGAAGAAGUACGAGUUCCACUACGACAACGUCCUCUGGGCGCUGCUCACCCUCUUCACCGUCUCCACCGGCGAGGGAUGGCCGCAGGUCCUCAAGCACUCGGUGGACGCCACCUACGAGAACCAGGGCCCCAGCCCCGGGUACCGCAUGGAGAUGUCCAUCUUCUACGUCGUCUACUUCGUGGUGUUCCCCUUCUUCUUCGUCAACAUCUUCGUGGCCUUGAUCAUCAUCACCUUCCAGGAGCAGGGGGACAAGAUGAUGGAGGAGUACAGCCUGGAGAAGAACGAGAGAGCCUGCAUCGACUUCGCCAUCAGCGCCAAGCCCCUGACGCGGCACAUGCCGCAGAACCGGCAGAGCUUCCAGUACCGCAUGUGGCAGUUCGUGGUGUCCCCCCCCUUCGAGUACACCAUCAUGGCCAUGAUCGCCCUCAACACCAUCGUCCUCAUGAUGAAGUUCUACGACGCCUCGGACGCCUACGAGAACGUGCUGAAGAUGUUCAACAACGUCUUCACCUCCCUCUUCUCCCUCGAGUGUCUCCUCAAGAUCAUGGCCUUCGGCGUCCUGAAUUACUUCCGCGACGCCUGGAACGUCUUCGACUUCGUGACGGUCCUGGGGAGCAUCACGGACAUCCUGGUGACGGAGUUCGGGAACAACUUCAUCAACCUCAGCUUCCUGCGGCUCUUCCGUGCGGCGCGGCUCAUCAAGCUGCUGCGCCAGGGCUACACCAUCCGCAUCCUGCUCUGGACCUUCGUCCAGUCCUUCAAGGCUCUGCCCUACGUCUGCCUGCUCAUCGCCAUGCUCUUCUUCAUCUACGCCAUCAUCGGGAUGCAGGUCUUCGGCAACAUCGGCAUCGAGGAGGAGGACGACGAGUCGGCCAUCACCCAGCACAACAACUUCCGCACCUUCUUCCAGGCCCUCAUGCUCCUCUUCCGGAGUGCCACCGGGGAGGCCUGGCACGAGAUCAUGCUGUCCUGCCUGAGCGGGAAGCCCUGCGACCAGAACUCGGGCAUCAAGGAGGACGAGUGCGGCAACGAGUUCGCCUACUUCUACUUCGUCUCCUUCAUCUUCCUCUGCUCCUUCCUGAUGCUGAACCUCUUCGUGGCCGUCAUCAUGGACAACUUCGAGUACCUGACGCGCGACUCCUCCAUCCUGGGCCCCCACCACCUGGACGAGUACGUCCGCGUCUGGGCCGAGUACGACCCCGCCGCCUGGGGCCGCCUGACUUUCAUGGACAUGUAUGAAAUGCUGAGACAUAUGUCCCCGCCCCUGGGUUUAGGCAAGAAAUGCCCACCCCGAGUGGCCUAUAAGCGGCUGCUCCGCAUGGACCUGCCGGUGGCCGACGACAACACGGUGCACUUCAACUCCACCCUCAUGGCCCUGAUCCGCACCGCCCUCGACAUCAAGAUCGCCAAAGGGGGAGCCGACAAGCAGCAGAUGGACGCCGAGCUGCGCAAGGAGAUGAUCGCCAUCUGGCCCAACCUCUCCCCCAAAAACCUGGACCUGCUCGUCACCCCCCACAAGUCCACCGACCUGACGGUGGGGAAGAUCUACGCCGCCAUGAUGAUCAUGGAGUACUACCGGCAGAGCAAAGCCAAGAAGCUGCAGGCCAUGCGGGAGGAGCAGAACCGGACGCCGCUGAUGUUCCAGCGCAUGGAGCCGCCGUCCCCCACGCAGGAGGGGACCCCGGGGCCGGACGCGGCGCCCACGGCCGAGCCGGGCGCGGGGCUGGCCACGCGCGACGGGGGCCUGAAGGAGAGUCAGUCCUGGGUCACCCAACGCGCCCAGGAGAUGUUCCAGAAAACGGGCACCUGGAGCCCCGAGCGGGGACACCCCGAGGACGUCCCCAACAGCCGCCCCAACUCCCAGCUGGUGGAGAUGCGCGAGAUGGCGAAGGACGGCUACUCCGACAGCGACUACCUGCCCAUGGAGGGCCACGGCCGCGCCGCCUCCAUGCCGCGGCUCCCCGCCGAAAACCAGAGGAGGAAGGUCCGACCCCGAGGGAAUAACCUCAGUACCAUCUCGGACGCCAGCCCCAUGAAGCGCUCGGCCUCCAUGCUGGGCCACCCGCGCGGCCGGGGCAUCCGCCUGGACGACUACUCGCUGGAGCGCGUCAUCCCCGAGGACGGGCAGCGGCACCACCAGCGCCGGCGGGACCGCGGCCACCGCACCUCCGAGCGCUCCCUCAGCCGCUACACCGACGUGGACACAGGGCUGGGCACGGACCUCAGCGUGACGACGCAGUCGGGCGACCUCCCCCCCAAGGAGCGGGACCCCGAGCGGGGCCGCGCCAAGGACCGCAAGCACCGGCACCACCACCACCACCACCACCACCACCACGGCCCCGGGGACAAGGACCGCUGCCCCCCCCCCGAGCGCCACGACUACGGCCGGCCCCGCUCCCGCGACCGGCGCUGGUCCCGCUCCCCCAGCGAGGGCCGGGACCACCCAGCCCCCCGGCAGGGCAGUAGUUCGGUGAGCGGCAGCCCGGUGCUCUCCACCUCGGGGACCAGCACCCCCCGCCGCGCCCGCCGCCAGCUCCCGCCGACCCCCGCCACGCCGCGGCCGCACGUCUCCUACUCCCCCGCCGCCCGCCGACCCCCCCCCGCCGCGCCGCCCCCCGCCCGCGGGCCCCGCCGCCCCCCGCCGCCCGCCGCCGCCGCCCCCGCCUCGCCCCGCGCCCCCCGACCCGCCGCACGAUGGACCGACCCCCCCCGAGGCACCCGCGACCCGGAGACGACGCUCGACGGACGCCCCCCCCCACGGGCCCCCCGCGGCGGCGGCGGCGGCGGGGGGGGAGGACCGGGCCCGUCGCCCCCCCGGCCCGGCCGGCGGUUGCCCAACGGCUACUACCCGGGGCACGGCGGCGGGAAGGGGCGACCCGGUCUCCGCGACCCCUACAGCGAGACGGACGAUGACUGCUGCUAG